CCCCUCCCCUUGCUCGUCGCGCUUCGUUCACAACAUCUUCCAUCUCCAUCUCCAUCGACUUGGUCUUCAACCACGACACGCUCCUCGUCUUGGUCUUCAUCCUCCGUCCUCAUCUCGACCUCCCACUCAUCGCGUCGCCACUCCGCGGUCGUCCCCUCAUCUCCUUUCUCGGCCUUUCUCGGCCUUCCCUCCAUCUGAUCCUCCCCCGUCGUCCCCUCUUCACGAUGGCAUCUCCGCCCGCCUCCCACCCCUUCAUGCGCCAGCGCAUCGGCUCCACUCCAUCCCCACCCGGGAGCACGCCCGACGCGCCGACCUUUGCCUCGCUUGGCCCGUCCCCGAACACGACACGUGCCGGAUCACGCGCGGGCGCAGCGACGCCCUCAGGUUCCGAUGUGCGCUCCGAGCUCUCCGCCUCCUCCCCCCUGCCUCCUCCACGCCCCGGAACGGCUUCGCGCUCACCACGUCUUGGUCCCAGUGAUCCGGCGAUGGAGCCAGAGGCGAACGGAAAGGCGGACCCGGCGUCGCGCAGGUCGUGGGCCGACGGGCUCACAGUAGAGCCAGAGGCGCCCCGAAAGCUCAGUCGGUGGGAGGAAAAGGUGCAGGGCGACCUUGCCGGGUGGCGCGGUGGACAUGGAACACCACGUUCUUCCGUCCCCCAGCCCGGCCAGCCGAACUCGACGUACUACGGUCAGCCGCCAACGGGCAUUAUAGGCCGCGACCUCCCGAAAGAGAUUGUACGCGUGGACCGUGAAUGGAGCCUUGGCGAUAUUUGCCAGUUCUCGACUGCGUUCCCCUUGGAGCUGGAGACGCGUCUCGAUGCCGCGACAUAUACGAAGCUCAUCGAGAGUAUCAAUGCGCCAUUGCGCGAGGCGUACUCGGUUUCUGGGGCUGUCGUCGACAACCUCAUUGGGGUAUUGACGUGGUGGACAUCCCUACUAUGGCGCACGAGCCAUUUCGAAAAGGAAUUGCGCCGGGCUGAAGACAUCAUCGAGGAAGCAAACACGACGACGUUUAACCGCGUCGGCCUCAACAUCCUAUCGCCCCGUUCCGUGGCGCUGCAGUAUCUUGAGAUCGAGUAUUACUGAAUGGAUCUUUCUUCCGCUGUAUAAGCUUAUAAUGUACCUGUUGUUACUC